AUGCCAGGGAACUCAACAGGAGGAAAGAAAAGAAGCAGUCUUGGCGAAAGGGUCUCCGCAGGAGAGUCUCUGAAGGGGACGGCUCGCGAAGAUGCUACUUGGAGCCAAUACAGAGGAGACCUCAAGACUGCUUGCUUUGGUGGUGAAUCACAUUUGUUCCGAUUGGCUUUGAAUCUGCUGCUCAACAACCUGCUGACUGUCCUUGGAAUUUCAAGAGGAGGGAAGAAAAGAAGCAGUCUUGGCGAAAGGGUCUCCGCAGGAGAGUCUCUGAAGGAGACGGCUCGCGAAGAUGCUACUUGGAGCCAAUAUAGAGGAGACCUCAAGACUGCUUGCUUUGGUGGCACAUCAAACAUUCCUCAACAUUGGCUCAGGUUCAACAAACAGUCCACAGCAGUGACAACACUUUGGCAUUCAUGGAGGGAGGAAAAGAAACAGUCUUGGUGA